GUUUUAUGGAUACUUUAUCUAAAAGUUAUACAGAUAGUAUAUCCAGCUAUUUGGUCCAACAUGAUCAAGAUGCUAUGGAUCAAGAGUCCAUUUGCUCUUAUUCAACUCAACCUAGUUACACAAUGCCAAUGGUUCAAGAAAGGAGAACAUUGUCAUUGUAUGAGACAAACGAUAGCUUGCCAGAACCAACGCCUUUACCCAAAUUACAAAUGUUGAUUGUAGCUAUUUUGUUGUUUAGUGAACCAUUGACAUCCACAAUUCUGUUUCCUUUUAUUUAUUUUAUGCUGAAAGACUUCCAUUUAUCAGACGAUGAAAAGCAAAUUGGUUCUUAUGCUGGAUGGAUUACUUCUAUGUUUUUUGUUGCUCAAUUCUGUACUGCUAUACCGUGGGGUAAGAUAUCAGAUCGGUAUGGAAGAAGACCUGUCUUAUUGACUGGCUUGAUUGGUAAUUCUAUCUCUGUCUGCUUAUUUGGUCUUAGUCAAAGUCUUUGGUGGGCUGUGGGUAGUCGUGCCCUGUGUGGGUUCAUGAAUGGUAAUGCAGGUGUAGCACGUAGUUUAGUGAGUGAAAUUACAGACAGUACAAACAAAGCCAAAGCAUUUUCUAUCUUUGGGUUCUGUUGGGGUGCUGGUAUGAUUGGCGGUUAUCUUGCAAGACCAGUAGAGCAAUUCCCUCACUUAUUUGCUCAUUGUUUGUUUCUAAAAGAAUAUCCUUAUUUCUUGCCAUGCUUUGUAUCAGCCUGUGGGUCUAUGAUUGGCUUUACGAUUGGCUAUGUCUAUCUUGAAGAAUCGAAUCCAAAUGUACUUGCUAGGCAUAAAUGGCAACAUGAAGGGGAACAAGACGAGACCACCUAUCUCUUGAGACCCAGUAUACCCAAAAGUGGAUCUCUUCGCCAUAUCGCGACAUCUUCUGUGAUUGUGAUUGUCUCCUAUUCUGUCUUUGGUUUUCAUGCCAUGGUAUUUGAUGAAAUCUUGCCUCUGUACUUUACUGCUCCUGAUCAUGCAGGUGGACUCGGUAUUUCAGCCACUGAGUUUGCUCAGGCAUUAUCGUUUUUUGGUAUACUUCAGUUAGUCAUCCAGUUUGUGAUCUAUCCACGACUGACGAGCAAGUUUUCUACACUGACACUGUGUAGAAUGGCCUUUUUUGGGCUUAUUCCUAUUUACUUUUUGUUUCCUGAACUAUCACAACUAAGUCAUUCAAGCUGGAUUUUGCGUGUGGUCUAUAUUGUGUUACUUUCUGUUCGUUUCUUUGGUAAUUGUUUGGCAUUUACAGGUCUGGGUGUAAUGGUAAGCACAUCCGCAUCACCCGAGAUUCUAGGCACUGUGAAUGGGUAAGCCCUACUGUAGGUGGUACCUUAUGGUCAUUUUCUUUAAAAGACGGCAAUAUAUUUCCAUUUGAUCAUCACUUGGUGUAUUAUUUAAUUGGUUUAUUGACCAUAUUUAGUUUUAUACAAUCCUUUUCUAUACCUACAUCAGUAGCAUUAGGAGGCAAGAACAAAUAAAAUGGAUUGCAUAAAAAAAAAUUUUUUUUUUCUUUUCUUUUCCUUUCUUUUCUUUACGCGUUUUAUUAUGUC